CUGUUCCUUCCUUUCCUUUUUUUCCGAGAAAACGGUCAUCGCGGCCUUCUCUGCCUCCUCUCAUGGGAGCUGGAGCCUCAGCCUGAUCUCCGCGGUUCGGUGGGAGAGAAGGCGCCUCCAGAGGUGAAUCGGCUGUCCAGUUCUUUUUCGCUUUUCCUCUCUUUUCCUCUCUUUUUCUCUCUUCUCUUUUUCGCGUUCUUCUCCUCGUCUGCCUUGCUUCCGUAACUCUCUCCUCUUUGUCUGCUCCGCCUUCUCCCAUCUGUCUCUCGAGCUGCCUCGGCUGGACCAGCAUCGUUUCCUGCGCGCUACGCGGGUCGCGAGCGUCCUCGCUGUGUUCUGCUUCCCCAGGCUCGCGCGAGGCGAGGAACCGGAGAAUAAGAAGUCAAGAAGAAUCAGAAGUCAAGAAAGAAGGGAGGAGUCGAUGGAUCUGGAGCGAUAUUUCAGAGAAAACGAGAAAGCUAAGGGGCGCCUUGCCCUCCGAAGCGACGCCGCAGCUGCAGAAACCGUAAACCAGACACAGGCGAGACUCCCAAGAUACCGAUCGGUACACACUCCGAGUUCGAGGUCUCCCGCGCGCGUGAGAGAGGCCUUCUUCUCUUCCUUGCUCGUCUUAUGUUUAGAAAACUGUUCCAAAUUGACGCACAUUCCGACUGGCUCCCUUUCUAAAAGCUCCCCGCCCCCUCGCCUUCCAUUUUGGAUUUCUCCAGCGGUUCUGCUGUGUCCCCCCCUUCUCAGCCUCUCUCUCGUCCUAAAAGAUGCGUUCUUCUCGUUGAGCAUAGACGUCGUCUCUCGCCAGACGGAGCGCCUUCGCUCGUUGCCGAUCCGGCCGUUCCUCGCGCUCUUUCCUGCGUAAAAAAGAUUCGUUCUCCGCGCCUCAGCGCCGGGCAAGGAGCGCUGAGUCACGAGGACGCGAACAGCGCACAGAGAAGCAAGCGAGACCAGCAAAAGAAGAAGAGGGAGACGUAAUCAAGGAAGACAGAAGGAGAAGCACUAGUUAAGGGAGAAAGGUGGAGAAGUUAAAAAGAAGGAAGAAAAGACGGAGACUUCAAUACGGAUGAAAGAAGUGGAAGCAGUCGAGGAAUUGGACUGAAGGAGCCCUAGCCUGGGAAGAACAGGAGAGGAGCGAGAAGGAGAGGUAGAUCGAGGAGGAGAGAAACUUGAAGAAGGAUACGCGUGGAGAGAAGAGCAACGCAACGAACAGAGAACCCAGAGGCGUCGAACACGGAGACAGAGGAGCAAAGGGGACUCGGACAGGAACUGACGCGAGCUCGCGAGAGAGACAGAAUGGAUAGGGGGGAAAAGAGAAGAAGGCGAGUGAAGAGCAGAGGACGACACAAGAGAAAAGGAGGGCGCAAACAAGGAGGGGAGGUUGAGGAGCGACGAAAUGUCGGUGUCGAAAGGGAGGAAGACCGAUGAGAGGAGGUCACAGGAAACUGGCGACCAUGAGGGAGAAAGUGAUAGGGCAGAAGGAAGAGAAGAAACAGGUGAAGUCACGCAAGAGAGCGGGGAUGGUGCAGCUCCCGACUCAACAAGAAGGUCGACAAGCGACCUGUCCUCUUCGAGUCUUGCUGACGGUGUCGCAGAGACCGACGCCGGUCCCGAGCGGCAUCUGACACACUCUUUUCCCUUUGCGUUGCCUUCUUCGUCUGCUCUCUCUCCCUCCUCGGCGUUUGCCGGGUCCUUCUUUUCUUCUUCCUUCUCUUCUUCCUUCUCUUCUUCUCUCGAGCCGCUGCGCCGAACGCUGGGUGGCUGGCGACCGGCUUGGGGGCGCAGCGCGACCGAGCCGGCAGGGCGUCUCUGCGUUCCAGCGGGGGAUGAGACGCCGCAUGCUUCUGAGAAGGACUCGCAGGCUGACGUCUCUCCCGGACGCCCCCAGACUCUCUCCGCGCAUCCUGAAGGGACAGUCGGGGCCCUCGCACCCGCGCCGAGGAAGGAGAAACGAGAGGGGAGCGAAGACGCAGCGGCCAGAGGAGGUCGGCGGCCAGACCUCGCUCGACAGGCCGGAGAGGCGAGAGGACCGGGAGAAGUAGCCAAGGCAGAGAGGAGACAUGCCGACGAAGGCAGAAACGAAGAGGGAAACCGGGUCGAAGAGCGAAAAGAAGAAGAGAGGAAGUUCGAAGGAGAGAAAUGGAGAGAAACCGGGCGGUUUAAGAAGUAUUGGAGACUGGGGACUCGCGGACGGUCUGCCACAGCACCUGCGUUCGUCUCUCUGCGUUCUUGUGAGAAUGAGCAGGAAGGCGCUGCGAGGAAAGAAAAGGCAGCCUCGAGUCCUGCAGGACAUCCUGUCCGUCGUCUCUUGUGCGGCGACUCCGAAAGCGUGGUGGGAAACGUUGACGCUGCAAAGAAGGCUCUGUUUUCUUCACAGGCGUCGACGCGUCAUCGCGCCAAUGUUGGCGGUGCACCUCGCUCCACCGGAGCAGCCCGAGAGGAGGGAAAAGACAGGAGUGCUCACCCUGGAGAUGUCUUCGUCUCUUCGCAAGUCCAGGUUUCUUCUCUCUCCCGAAGCGGUUCCAACAAGGAACCUUCUUCUUCUCUUUCGUCUGCCUCGAGUCCUUCUUCCUCGCCGUCCGCCGCUUCCGCUGUCUCCGGGAUCUCUUCCCCUCCUUCCUCUGCUGCUGCGUCCAUCUGCGCUGCGACUUCUGGUCCUGGCCGCGAAGGACGACAGGACUCGAGCGUCGUCCCUCAGACGGGGACUUGUGUCUUCUCCGGCUUUCCGCUGAGGCCGGAGACGCGGCGCGCUUUCCAGGGAAGUUUCCUUCUCCAGGCUCUGCUGGCUCCCUUCGUCCAGCUACCGGCUUCGGCGCCGCUAGCCGCCGGUGGGGCUGUCUCCUCCGUCUCCUUCUGCACCUCGCGCCGCCUCAAGCCUCCGCUCUCUCCCUCCGCUUGCGGGCCAGGCUCUCAGAAGGUCCUCGCCGCCUCUGCGCCGGCGCAGGAAGGAGACCGGAAACUGGGAGGGAGCAAGGUGCAGACGAAACCGGAGACAGCAGAAGAAGACAGAGAGCACGGGCGAGAACAAGGUGGCGAAGAAGCGAGAGAACAAGACAGCGAUCAAGACGAAAGAACGCAUGCGUCUGAAUCCCUGACGCGAAGCAUAGCGUUCUUCAAGAGUCAUGACAGGAAUCUCUCCAAACCUGGCGAGAGUCCUCAGGCGCCGGCGCGACUUCCAGCGCAAGAAACAGUCGAAAAGGACGAACCGGCCCAGCCUGAGAACGCCGGGGACGUCGCAAACGCGCGGGUCUCCCUCCUUCUGCCGCGGGUGGUGACCCAGUGGGCGAUCGUUCGAACAGGUGGCCGCGCGCCUUCUCCGCGGUGCAGCGUCGCCUCAGCGGGGUGGAGAGACUCUUUUUUCUUCUUCGGCGGCUUGGAUGCUGAAGGUCUCUGUCCCCCGGAGAUCGUCAAAUUCACUUUUCUCUCGUUCCGAGCUCAGCGUCACGUUCUGCUGAUCUCCUCAGCCGUCGGCGACGUUCUGGACAUUCUCGACGAGGGCUUCAGAGAUCUCCUCUUCGCGUCGGAGACGCUUGCGGGGAUCCAGGCUCCCCACAGACCGAAGCGCGACGCAGGAGGCAGUAGGGACAGACGAGGAGACAGGGAAGGCGGUGGGGCCGAUGGCGCUGAGGAGGCUGGAGGCGAGGAAGUAGACAGACGAGAAGGUGGACGGGAGAAGGCCGAGGUGAAUCCAGACUCACUUGCAGACUACGGAGACCAUACGGAACACCGUGGACGGUUUGUGGCAGAGAAGGAGGAAGGCGAGAAAAUCAAUGACCUCGAUGACACAACUACGCAGUGGAGUUACAGCAGGAUCAUCGCCGAGACAGAGAAACUGCGAGAAACGUGGAGGAAGAGCAGAACGUUCAAUUGUCUGCAACAGUUUCGCGCGGAGCUGGCGAAUCCGUAUUUGCAUCCGCCGGCGACGGCGCAGAUCGCGUCUGAGGCAGAGUUUGUGUCUCUUUGCUUUUUCCGGCAAGAAGAGUUGCUGAGUUCUGCGUGUCUCCUGCGGGUGCUCACUCGCCUCGAACGGCUCCAGAGUCAGUUUGGCCUGCUCUCUGGCGGCGCGACCCCGACGGACGUCGUUCUCGAGGAGAAGCUCUGCAAGUCAGAAACCGGCGCUUCGCGCGAGGCGCCGCUUGACGCUGGUGGACUUCGCUGCGGCAGAGGAGAGAGCCGACUGGCCGAGGGAGGCAGCACCGAGAUGCCGUGUGUGUCUGAGCCUGCAAGGCCUCGCGCGCUGGUUGCGGCGCCCGGCGGAAGUGAGGAGGAGGAGCGGCUCGAAGGCGAGGAAGAGACGGCGAUGUUUUCAGACGAAGUUGCCGAGAUCAACGAUGCGCACAGCGCGCUGGACAGACAGGAGACAGGAGAAACAAGGAACGAGGCGAGCGAGCAGCGACGGGGGAAAAUUCGCUUCGGGGAAGAAGUUCGCGUCCGAAAAUACGACAAGGAGGACGACAGGCGCCUGCCGCCGCAGAGGCCGCUGCCCUCCUCAUUCGGUGCAGAGGUCCCCCCUCUCGGGCAAUGCUGCAUGGGCCUUCCCGGUCGCCGCGUUGGAUUUUGGCAAGCUUCUUUCGCGUCUCCGUCGCCACCGCCUCGCUUCGCGAGUGCCUCCUGUUCCUUUCUUUCUUCUCUGUUCGUUUUUGGCGGAGUCACCUUUGACUCGGCUCGCGCGUCGUUCGACACUGCGGCUGCUGCGCAGGCUCCGACGGGCGUCGAUGCAGGGACAGCGUCCUCCCGGCCGCGAGUGGAGAGUGAACGCAGGAGUUCGACGUCUGCCACUGCUCCCAGCCGCAGUUCCUCCAACGUUUCGGAGCAUCCGAAACCUCCCGCUUCCGCGCUGGCCUCUCCCGCCUGCGGUCCGAAGCUCGCGGCUCUCGAGGCUGUGGAGAAGGAGCAGAAGCUCCAGCGGGGAGACAACGAAUCUCGAGGGGAGACAGAGGUGACAGAUUCCAAACGACUCAAUCAUGAGAGUCGACGUCCCAGUGUUUCCUGGACUUCUUCCUCGUCAGCUUCUUCCUCCUCCUCUUCUUCCGCUUCUUCCUUGUCCUCAAUGUCGUUUUUUGAGAAUCGUGGAGGCAGUGCAUGCGGAUCAGGAGACCCCGCGUCGCCUUCAGGCUCGUCUUUUCCAUCGUCUUUCUUGUCCGUUUCCUCUUCUCUCUCUUCUCCCUCGCUCUCGCCUUCUCGAAGUUCCUCGUCGGCGCAGUCCACGCUUCGCACAGCGCGGCCGCGGUCCUUGUCGCUGCCUUCCGGAGGUGCACAGGUCUCUCUUGGGGCCGAGGCUCCUUCUCUAGCUGCGAGUAAAAGGAGUGAAAAGGCGACCGAAGAACAGUUCGUCACUCUGAACUACUUGAAUGAUUUAUGGGUCUUCGACAUGCAAGAGGAAAUCUGGAAACCAGCUGAAGAAACGUCUCUCUCACCUUCCUCUUCCUCCUCGUCUUCCUCCACAUCUUCCUCUUCUUCGUCGUCUUCCUCUUCUUCGUCGUCUUCCUCUUCUUCGUCGUCUCUUUUUCUCGUUUCUUUUGGCCCAGCGGCGUCUGGAAUUGAGUCGGAGAAUCUCGCUGAAUCUCGUCUUCCAGUGGACGCGUCAAAUGCGGUCGCGUCCCCACCGUCCGAGCUUCCUCCUGUCGGUUCUCUGUCCCCGUCUCUGCAUGCAUCCCCCGCCGCGGCCGUGGAGACGACGCCCAGCUCCCAAGGUGACGCCUGUGGAGUCGGAGACGAAGCGCUGGGGGCCAAAGCCAAGGAGAAUAACAACGAGGUCGAGGAGACAGAGGAGAAAGCCGGUUGCGGGAAGGCGAGACCACCAAGCAGAAGAGACUGCACGCUGAGCGCCGUCAGCCUCCCUGGGGUAGACGGCAGUGGACGAGCGAGGAUUUGUCUCCUCCUCUACGGGGGAAUUGGGGAGAACAACGAACUGUUGAACGACCUAUGGCUUUUCGACCUCGCGACUCGGCAGUGGACUUCCGUCAGUCCUCAGUGGAUAACUCCACCGCAAUUCUGGUUUGUCUCCUCUGCCUUCCUUUCCCCACCGGGUCAUGCCUACCACACUGCAUGCGUCCCUGGCCUCUCAGAAGCAGCUGCACAAGCCGUUCUCCGUACUUCCUUCACCCUCCCUUCCUCUAUCUCUCCUUCUCCCUCUUCGUCUUCCUCUCUUUCUUCUCCUUCUCCAUCUUCGCCUUCUCCAUCUUCUUCUUCUCCUCUGCGUUUCGCUGGAGGAGGAGACAGCGACGGAGCAGAUGCAGAGCGCAGUCGCCGAGAGCAGAGAGCCCUGGCCUGGAGUCUGCACUUCUCAGAGCCGGCUGGCGCCGCGCUCGCUGCCCAAAAGGCCGCAGAAAUCACGGCAGCUACCAUCCACCUUGGGAGACACUCUGACAUGUCUUCUUCGUUUUCGUCUUCUGUAUCUGCGCUCUCUCCGACGUCGGUGUCUGUCGACGGCAGUGGCGCCAGUGAGCAGGACUCGCUCCCGACUUGCGAGACAAGCAACUGGAAGAAACCUUUCUUGCAGAGCGAGCUUGUGUUUCCAGAGCCUGGGGAAGACAGAGGACCUUCCUCCUUUUCUCCGUCGGUCGCGCCGUCUUUCGCUUCAUUUGCAUCUGGAAAUCGAGAGCGAUCCAGCUCUUUCGAGGAGGCGGCGAUGGCAGCAGCGAGCCUGGUAGGGCGUGUAGUCUUGAUAUUUGGUGGUUUGGUUCCGACGUCGCCUUCCGCUGCGUCCUCUCUCUCUCGCACCGACUUCGCCUCGGACUCGACGCGCCCCGCAGAGAGUCCUCGGCAACAGUCCUCCCUCCCCCCGCGCUCGACCGACCUCUUCUUGUCGCGUCGGGCGUCGCUGGGAUGCGGAGGGCAGAAGACUGGCGGGGACAGCGAAGCUGUCUCUUCGUCUUCUGACGUCUUCGCCAGCAGUGCAGAACCGGACAGAGGGAGUGAGUCGACGAGAGCGUCGGCCGCCGCGCCAUCGCCGAGAAGAGGAGACUCAUCCCUCUCGUCGACGGUCUGGGAGCGCCUCAGGGUCGACACUCGCGAAUCGACGAAGACAGAAGUGACAGACGCCCUCUUCGAGUACUACGUCGACAGCAACGUGUGGGUGCGCUGCGAGGCUUCCGGAGAAAAGCCUUCUGCCCGCAUGCGGCACUCUGCAACUCUCCUCGGUUCCUACAUGUUCGUCUAUGGAGGCCGCGGCGCCGACGGCGAACUUUGCUCCUUGACGACCAUCUUUCGUCUGCACAUCCCAUCCAAAUCGUGGACGGCGCUGGCACUGGGGGGUGUGCGUUUGCCGCGGCUCGAGCUCGCUGCAGGACUGACUCUGAAUAAUUGUCUGUACGUCUUCGGCGGGCAUGAUGGCCAAGAGCGCGUCUCGAACGGUCUGGUCGCGGCGCAGUUGGGGCCGAAUGUCGCUCCGCGGCACAAGCAGGCUGGAAAGAAGAAGAUGAAGAAAAAGCAAAGUGAGCAGAGAGGCUCUUCCAGCGCAGGGGGUGUCUUCUCCGUCUUCUUCUCGAGAGGCAGUUGAUGACGAAUAUGCGUGCCGGCCGUGAGCGAGACGAGCAAAGGAGUGCGACAUGAACGAUCAAAGCAGCGAGGAGACGAAACGAACGAGCAGAAGAAGGCGCAGAAGAAGGAGGAGGCACAGAAGAAGAAGACGCAGAAGAAGAAGACGCAGAAGAAGAAGACGCAGAAGAAGGAGGCGAAGCGGAGCAGAGAGAUGCGGCGAUGUAGGGACGCCCGUGUCUCCUCCAGUUCUUCCGGAAGAAGCCGCUGACUCUGAGGACGCAUGCAAGGGAGUGCGGGAGAGAUGAAGACUUUGGAGGAAACCGAGACGUUCGACGAUCAGCGAUUUCCUCGUUUCCUAGAGACUCCGAAGAUCCGCGUGAGCCGACAGCUCACGGUUUUCGAGCGUUUUGGAAGACACUACGCGUCACUCGUUUUCUGCUUGCAGUGUUUAUAUGCAACUUCUGACGACCGAGGAAUUUCUUGAGUCAGAGAGCUCCUCGUCCAAGUGUGAACGUUCGUCUGUCUCCAUCUUUGCGUGAGUCCGGCACCCGACGCCUCCGGUGUUUUUGUGUGGACUCUGGGAGACACCGCACCGAAUUUAUUCCUUCCCUUCCCUCGAGAGUCUCGGUAACCUUGUCUUGUAUCGGUGUGCUAUAACUCGAAAUUCAUCUUAUAAUUUUGGUUUCUUAGUUGCGCUCACCGCGAAAACAGUCACACCCAAGAAAAAAAGCAACUUUCCAGUUCUGCUGCCUCCACUGCAGGCGCUUGAGGAAGGAAGCGCUGCAUGUGCAUCUCUGGAAGUCAGCCGCUGGUCGCACUCCCGGCGCUUGUUUUCUCACUUGUCUCCUGUCUGGCUCUUGCUCGUCCUACCUGCUGCCCUAUCGCUCUCGCUCUUGUGCCUGUCUAGACCUCGCUCCGUCCCUCGACGAGUAUCUCUCUCUUUGUCUCUUUCUCUCUGCUUCUUCCUUCCCCUGCAUGUCUCUCUCUGUUUGUGUCCUGCCUCCUGGUCGUCUCUGUCGAGCGUUCCGCCUCUCCGUCGCUCUCUUUCCUCACUUUCUGAGUGCUCUUUUCGCAGUUUCUGAGUGUUCUUUUCUCGCGGCGCUCUCUCCCAGGCCGUCUGUUUCUGUCUGGAAGCCCCGUUUAAGCCCAGGGAAAAACGGCAGGAAACAAAGGGAGAAACGGAGACGGAAGGGCAGCAAGAAGCGCAGAUGCGAACCACCGGGAGAAAACAAGCUUCCAGCAGACAGGCGCGAUGGAAGACGCGCAAGAGAAGAAGAGAAGAGAAAGACGAGACCCAAGGUCGAAAGAAAGAGGAGAGAAAGCAGAAGAAGCAGAGGAACGAGAAAGGAGAGACGCAGACGAAGAGAGAGCAGAAAAAGGAGGACAAAGGGCAACGACAGAAAGAAAGGAACGGUCUGGGGGAAAAGAGCACCUCUUUCACUGUGAGACGACCCAUUCUUCCAGAUGAGAAGAACUUUCAAAGUUCAAGUUUCUUUCUUCUGAAAACGACAAAUCCCUCGUGACUCCCCACCACUGCACUCGGUACCUCUGCCACACUUUUUGCUGCGUUCGUGUGAGGAAAAGAAAGAAAAGAACACCAGAUCAGCGAGAGAGUCACUCCACCUCGCGCUCGAUGUCUCCCCAACUCUUAAAACAAAAGCUUUUCAACCGAAGUCGACCCUCACGCAGCUACAAAAAGGUCUGCACGCAUGCACGUGUGCACCUAGGCAAGCAAAUGCAUUUCAAAAGUCCUCGAAAAUACUAAAUCCUCUUCUGACGGCUCUUCAUGCCGUCCGCAUACG